AUGGUCCUAAAAGAGGAGUUAGUUGCUUGCUCAAGAUCCAAGAGGAGUUUGGCCCAGCACAUAGAAGCCACGGAGCAAAACAUGCUAGCUAUAAUAGGGCAGUACAAAGAGGAGCUAAACCAAUCUUUGGCUCAUGAGCAAAAGCUAGUAGAGGACUUCGCACAAGCAUACUCCGAGAAGGAGGCAAGAGGGAGGGGAAAGAUCGAUCUGCUUGAAGAGAGGUUGAGAGCAGUGGAAGGCCUCGGCAACUAUCCUUUCUCGGAUAUAGCCGAUCUAUGUCUGGUACCCGACAUCAUCAUUCCUCCCAAGUUUAAGGUACCAGAUUUCGACAAAUACAAAGGGACGACAUGUCCAAAGAGUCAUCUUCAGAUGUAUUGCCGAAGGAUGGGGGCAUAUUCCAUGGAUGAAAAUUUGUUAAUGCACUUCUUUCAAGACAGCUUAGCUAGAGCGACAGUGGCGUGGUACACAAAUCUAGAAGCCUCUCAAGUCCGAUCGUGGAAAGACUUGGCAACUGUCUUCAUUAGGCAGUACCAAUACAACACAGAUAUGGCUCCCAAUCGGAACCAACUUCAGAGUAUGAGCAAACGGGAACAUGAAUCCAUCAAGGAAUAUGCUCAAAAGUGGAGAGACCUAGCAGCCCAAGUCAUCCCACCCAUGACUGAGAGGGAAAUGAUCACGAUCAUGGUAGAUACACUGCAUACAUUCUACUACGAGAAGCUGAUAGGAUAUAUGCCGGCCAACUUUGCAGACCUUGUCUUUGCUGGAGAAAGAAUCGAGUCGGGGCUGAGGAAAGGCAAGUUUGAAUACGCCUCCAACGCUAGCCCCAACAGCAAUAGAAGAGCCCUAGUGGUGGGCACACAGAAAAAGGAAGGGGAUACCCACGCGGUCACCACCGCCCCAACGUGGAUCAAAAUGCCCCAAAAUGCUCAAAGCUCAUACCAACACAACCACCCGAACUUCUCGAUCCAAGCCGGAAGUUCCCUCCUAGCUCAAGUAAAAGGGCCUGCCACAACAGAAAAGGCGCCUGCACAACACGCGGCUCUAGCCACACCCCGGCUGGCAAUUAAUGCGACUCUUGGCACGAGCUAUGACAAUCUGCAAUGCCCCCCGCCCCCCCCCCCCCUCCCGGCCCAGAGAGAGCAGUUCUCUCCUAUUCCCAUGGCAUAUUCCGAGAUAUGGCCCUCAUUGUUGGAAAACCAUUUGGUGGUGGCCAUACCCGGAAAGUAUAAGGUGCAACACCUAAUAAAUGUCGACUGGCUAUCAUUUCAAGAAGAGGGCCCCAACGUUAAGACCAAUCCGCUAGCCAGUCAUGGAGGAGCUAGCGUGAAUGCCAUUGAAGAGGAUAGGCCGUCAAGGUCAAAGAGAUUAGAAGGUGUGGCCGCAUCCAAAAGAUUCAUCUACCAGUCGCUGCAAGCAGCAUGCAUGGUCUCUCGUGGCGGAGGAAAAAGAGACGAAUGUCUGUUUCAUCUCGGGGAAUUGCACGACAUGGAAACAUGCCCUGUGGUGGAGGAGCUACUUCAACGGCUCAUGGACAGGGGGCAGCUCGAAGUGUCCGAGAGAGGUAGAGAAGAGCCGCAGAUUUGCAUGCAAUCGGCAGAAAGGAAAGCUCCCCCAACCCCCAAACCCCUAGUGAUACGUUUCACUAGGAAUACGACCAACCCUAGGUCUGAAUACCCCUCGGCAGUGCCCAAGCCAACGCCCUUUUCCUAUCAAAGCAAUAAGGCCGUCCCAUGGAGGUAUACCCCUCCCGUUAUUGGAAAAGGGGCUGCAACCGAGGUUGACUCCUUGUCAGCCAAGCUGCCUUUUGGGGAGGCUAUGGAUCCACGCGCUAGGGGUGGUCCCCUCGACGCUUCACCAGAAACUGAAAUUCGCAGUUGGUGGACUCUUAGUGAUAGUGUCGGGCGAAGAAGAUAUGUUGGUAAGCUGCCCCUCCUCGACACCAUAUGUAGAGGCAGCGGAGGAAUCAUUGGAAACAGCUUUCCAAUCUUUCGAGGUGGUAAGUUAAGCCUCCGUGGAAACAAGCCCAUUGCUACCUUGUUUCUCUAA